UUAAAGGUAUAUAAUCACCGAAUUAAAUAACAAGUAAGAAAAGAGGUUAUAAAAGUAAAUAUAAAAUGCUCUUUCAUCAAUAACGAUACAGUGUUUAUCACAAUUUUCAUAUAGAAUAGUUUGGGUCAAAGACCCGACUUUGUUGUGGAAUGGUUAAGUUCUUUGUUUGAUUAACGCCGUUUAACUGAAAUAAUAGGUGAUAUAUAUAGAUAUAAUAUUUAUGAUGCAUCCUUAUGAAAGUAAUUAUCCUUUUUUAACCUUAACAACAUUACUUUUGUAUAUAAAAACUAGUAAAUGAACAUACAGUUCCGUAAUUUCAUCUUCGCUUUAGAAAUAAUCUUUUACAAAAUACCUGUAUGUACUGUGACUAUUUACAAUAUUAAUGAAAAUCAGCCCAUAAUUAAUUCUAUAUUUUGGAUACAAAUAUAUAUGUAUAGUUAAUAGUUUAUGACAGUCCACAGAAUCUGCAGUAUUUGAUCUUUUAAUAUUGUUACAGACGUGUACUUAUUUAUAAUGAUACUAACAGUUAUUAAAUAGAAAUGAUUUAUGUGGUUGUAUAUUGAAACAGCAUGAUCAAUACAAUUAUUUUCAUGGCCUUAAAUGUUGUAACUACCUGUAAUUUUUAAUCAUGAGAGCUGUUCUAUUAUUUUUAAUUUUAAUUCAAACAAGAGGAAAAACAAUUCAAACAUGUCCAAAGUUUUGUACAUGUAAAGUUGGUGCGCAAGCAGAAUGGUUACGUGUUAAAUGCGGAAAUGAGUUGCAAAGUAUUAAAGAUAUUAAUAUUGAUAGUGUCAGUGUGGAAUUAGUGCAAUUGGAUUUGAGCAAAAACAACAUUUAUGUCAUUGAAGUUAAUAUAUUUAAGAAUUUGACAAAUCUCAGGCGCUUGAAUUUAUCACAAAAUGAUAUAACAUCUAUUAAUGAAGGCUGUUUUAAUGGUCUUGGAAAUUUAGAGAGACUGGAUUUAAGUAAAAAUCAGAUCUCAACAAUAGAUACUUAUACAUUUAGAAAAUUGCCAAAUUUGAAAAGACUUGAUUUAUCAGGCAACAACAUAAGUGCAGUGAAACCAUCAUUAUUUCAUGAUUUGCUGACUUUAGAGCGCUUGAAAUUAAAUGAGAAUAAGUUAACAACCUUAAAGGAAGGUACUUUUUAUAGCCUCAAGUCUUUAAAACAAUUAGAUUUAUCCAAUAAUCCAUGGAGAUGUGAUUGUGAAUUAUAUUGGUUUAGUAAUUGGAUAUAUAAUAGCUCCAUAAAAUUAAAUCCCGCUCCUAAAUGUGUGUCACCUAUAAAUGUUAAAGGACAAUUUAUUAAAAAAUUAAGAUAUUCAGAAAAUUUGCAGUGCCAAUCAUCGUUUCCUUCAAUUGAACUUCGACCAGUUCACAAUCAAGUAGUAUUUGUUGGAGAUUCUAUAACUUUAAAAUGUGGAGCACCUGGUAUUACAGAAGAUAAAAGUGCAAAAUUGAGCUGGUUAUGGUAUCCUAAUACUACUACAGAAAUUGUGGAUUUAAACGAAUUUAUGGAUCCACAAAAAAGUUUAUCCAACAUUAGAAUCGAUAAUAGAUACCUUAAAGAUAAUGGUAUUGUGGACAGUACACUCAGUAUCAUCCCAGUCAAAGAAGAACAUAAUGGACAGUGGAAUUGUUUAUUAGUUUCUGUAAAUGGUAAUAGAUCGCAAGCAAUCAGUAUAAUUGUUAUUUCUGAUAAAACCCGUUAUUGUCCUUUAGCAGUGACUAAAAAUAAUAAAGGUAUUUAUACUUGGCCAAGAACUGUAAUAGGAUGGAAAGCAGAAUUACCGUGCGAGGGUAACCAUAUAAGUAUAAUGCAAAUGCCUUUAAAAGCUUCUUACCAAUGUAAUAUCACAGGAUAUUGGGAAGAUUUAAAUACAGAUUUAUGUCCUUAUGUAUCACAUACAACAAAAAGCUUAGAACAGUUCUCUAAAGUUAAUCUUUCACUUACAAAGAUUAGUUUAAUAGAAACUGCAAAGAAAUUCAAAAAUUACACAGGAAAUGCUAUACAAAUAACUGAUCCUGUUGAAAUAAAUUUUAUAACACAAACUAUAGAAAAUUAUUUAAGUUUUCUAACUGAAGAAAAAGAACUUGGUGCCAUAUUAAUUGACGUUAUUGAUACAGUAAUUAAUGUACCAAAAAAUAUCUUGAACAAAGCUGAAAUCCUUUUUAAAUCUUGUACAAGAUUAAUUAAAAAUGUAGAAAAAAUCGUAGAACUUAGUCCAUCUAUACAAUCUUAUAAAAAAAACAUAGCUCUAGAAGAAUUCAGAGUAAAGCGAAGUAGUUUUACAGGACUAUUAUGUACGUGGUAUUCCAAUAAUGAUCCAGAAAUAAAAUUUUUGCAAUGUACCACAAACAAUAGAACAUCUCCAAUUGAUAUAAAAGAUAGGACAAUUGAAGCUUCGAUACACUUGCCAGCGUCCUUAUUACAGCAUUCACCAGAAAUUGUUAAUUAUCAAUUAAUGAUAUCUACGUAUAGUAAUAACAGAUUAUUUCCUACAUUGAAUAAUAAUAAUAACAUGGAUAUUACAUCAUGUAUUAUUGGAAGUAAAUUAUUUGGAAUAUCAGUACAAAAUUUAACUGAACCAGUAUAUAUCAUGUUAAGAGUUCCUUUAUAUUAUUAUACUGGAAAAAAACCAUUGCCAGUAGUUUGGGAUGAAACAUUAAAUAAAUCUGGUGGUUGGACAAAUGAUGGGUGUCAUUUAAGAAGUAUAUUAAAUAAUUUAAUAAUAUUUCAUUGUAAUAGAUUGGGAUAUUAUGGACUUUUACAAGAUACUUCUUUGCUCAAUCAAAAUGGUAACAGCAUGACUGGAGCACAGUUUAAGUAUUCAAAUCCUGCAAUAUAUAUUGGAAGUAUUGCAGCAAUAACGUGCUUAAUUAUUAUUUCUGUUACAUAUAUCAUUUGUUACACAUCAAUCAAUAUGCCUAAGAAAGCAAAACAUUGUGUCAUUAAUACAUGGUUUGCCAUGGCCUUAUUAUCAUUUUUUUAUAGUAUUGGUAUCUAUCAAACUGAAAAUAUACAAAUUUGUCAAGGUGUUGGUCUUACUCUUCAUUAUUUGUCUUUGUGUUCUUUACUAUGGAUGGCAGUAUUCGCAAGCAAUAUGUAUAAAAAGUUUUCUAAAUCAAAUCUUGAAGAUAUGCCAGACAAUGAACUUCAAGAUCAACCAAUACCCAAACCAAUAUUAGGACUUUAUUUAGUUGGUUGGGGUAUAGCUAUGAUCAUUUGUGGUAUAUCUGGUGCAAUAAAUUUACAAGAAUAUGCUGGAUAUUCAUAUUGCUUUCUCACGUCUGGUCCUGCUCUGGUUGCUCUUUUUGUUCCAGCUGGAAUUCUAAUUGUAUAUUUAAUUGUUUUUCAUUUACUUAUUAAAUGUGCAAUUCGAAGUGUCGAUACAAAUGCUCAAUUGUCAGAGGGCACGCAAGCAACAGAAAAUAUGGAUUUAGAAUUAUUGGAGUCAAACACAAAUCCAUCUACAGAUAAAAAUAGUGUUCACAGUACACAGACAGUUCUGACUGAUGUUGAAGAUUCAGAACAUUCUCAACUAACGCAAUUAAAAGGCCAAAUAAUUAUGUUAAUUCUUUAUUUGAUGUCAUGGAUUACUGCAGCAGCUGCUAUUACGAAACCGUUAAAUGCAUACGUUCCAUUUGAUGAAACCGUAUUUGCUACCUUAUAUUCACUUUUUUCAAGUUCACUUGGUAUUUUUGUAUUUAUCUUUUAUGGAAUAGGACGAAAUGAUGUUAGAUCACAAUGGUUAAAAAUGCGUUGUUGGCUUCAAAAACGGAAAAACCGAUGUUGCAGAACAAGAAGCAUUUCUGAUGCAAAUCCUGUAAUUCCAACACAUUCUUUAGUACAAAAUUUUGUACCGCCAUUAUCCAAUUCUCAAGCUACUCAAGUUACAUCUGAUUCAAAUUCUAUUGGUUCAUCACGAUAUACAAACAGGUCACAAACUUGUAAUGCUUUUAAAUUUGCAGAUAUUCAAGAAGGUGUGCCUGUUGAUAGAAAAAUGACAAAUAUGAAUUUAGUUGUAUUACAUCGGCAACAGUAUAGAUCUGAUAAUUCUGUCACAACAUAUAUUGAACCAACUUGUGUUGAAAUGUUUUACAAUCCUCAUCAAAGCGGAGUUGCUAGAAAAUUUUUUAAAAAACAACGUCGUCAUACAAAAAAUAAUAAUCUUGGUACUAGAAAACAAGGUGAUGGUGGUGCUGUGAGCGAUACUCAUAGUUGCAUCGCUUUACCACAAACUAUUACAAAAUUAGAAAGUAAUAUAAAUCAAACGCUUUUAAGCAGUAGUGCAAAAGUUAACAAUACAAAUAUUCACGUUGAACUGAAUCCAAUAAAUGAUGUGAAAAAUGUUAACAUUCUCUCAGAUAGUGGUGGAAGUAUGUCCGACGAGAAAAGUGUUACAUUGAGAUUUGUUAUUGGUCAAGAAGGUCUUCUACAAAACGUAAGGAAGUAUAAUAAUUGCAGAUUUCAUGAUCCUGUAAGUGUUAAUACAACAUCAAACUCUCCAAGGAAUAAUUGCAAAAAGGUAGAAAUAGUAAAUACAGCUUUACAUGAUUCAGAUAUAGAUGUUAAAACUGAUGAAGAAAAGCACUUACAAAGUGUUUCACAACAAUGCAGUUUAGAAUACAGUUCUGAAAUAGAAUCUAUUACCCAGAUGGCUAGUGAAAAAAGUGAUCACAAUUUGCCAGAAAUUUAUGAAAUUGUAGAAGCAGUUGAAGAAGAAAAAAUUAUGAAAAAAGAUAGCCAAAGUAUAAACGAAUUUCAUAAAAUUGAAGAACUACAUUCUAAUGCAAAAUUAAGGUGGUUGACUCAUUCAAAUAGUAUGUAUUGCCUUCCAGUAAAUUCUGCGAAACGACUGAGAAAUAAUUACUGUAAUUCAAUGAAUGAUAUUACAUCUUUUACUAGUUCGAAGAAUUGUGACUACUUGAAAUUAUCAUUUACAGACUUGCAAAGUAUUAAAAGCUUAAAUUUGUACGAUAGAAGUAGUCUAUCUCAAAGAUCACUUAAUAAAUCUGAUAUAUCAUUUUCUAAAAUAAGCAGCAGAACUAAUGAUAAUACAAAUAAUUUAAUACAAACAAAAACAUAUAUUAGCUCUUCAAUGAAUAUUGACUGUGCCUCUUCUAAUAUGUGCAGUAAACAAAAGACUGUUAAUUCUCUGACUGACAUUACAUUACUUAUGCCUCAAUCUUACAGUAUUGUAAAAAGUUUUGAUUCUAACAAUGAUAAUGUAAACAAAAAUACAAAUUUAGACAACGUAGAACAUGAAGUCAGUAAAAUGUAUUUAAGUAAUACAAAUACUUAUCCGCAAGUAGUGAAAAAAGAAACAAGCGUUUAAUCCGAUUUUACUUGCAUGCAACACGUAACGUAUUUAUAUUAAUAAAGAUUUCAUUCGAAAUGCGCGUAGAAAUAAUUUCUAAUAUUUACAUUUUUAUUAUGGCUAGAAAACUAGUUCUUAUUCUGCUUUAUUAUUAUUUCUAUAAAAAAUAGUUCCUAUAAAUAACAAAAAAUAUUCAUUUUAUAAAAGUAUUAUGUGCUAAUCUUUUUACUGUUUGAUGAGUAUCAAAUAUUUCCAAUGCAUUUUUAUUUGUACAAACGUGUAAAAUGUUAAUUAAACUAUUUACAAAAUAUGUAUUUAUUCAAAAAAAAAAAUGUACAUAAUUAAUACAAAAUAAUUCUAUAUUUUUACAGAUUUUAUAUAACAUUGAUUUUUUGUAUUAAUUACGUACAUUCUUCCUACAUAGAAACGAUGUUCAAAUUUUAUGUAACUACAAUUUAAACAAUCAUAUUCAUUAAUAACUGUUUUAUUUAUCAUUUUUCAUUGUUUUUAUCAAUCUUUUGUAUAAUAAAUCUAUUGUUAUAAUCAUUGUCUAUAUAAAUGUACAAAAAAUAUGUAUUCUUUUUAAAUAUUUUUUAACAUACAUUAGCAUUAUUUUUUUUUGAAUCUAUAAAGUAUAAUUUUACUAUAUUUUUAGUUUAUUAUUAAAUAAACUAAAAUUGUAUUCAAUUUAUCAUAUAAUUAACAGUGUUAUAUACAUUUGAAAUACAUCUGUCAAAUAUUUACCAAGAUUAACUAUUAAAUUAGGUUGUAUUUAAAAUAUUAGUCAAAGAUCAUAUAUCUAUGAGCACCUGCAUCACAUACAGUUGUAUUAUACAA